GUGCCAGAGGUGGUCUUGGACCAGCUCACAUACACCUUGGCCUGCGCGGCGGGAAGGCCUGCCGCCUCGCGCGACGCGCUGAGCCGCGUGCUGCAGCUCGUGGCUGGGCGCGGGGCCCGGCUGUGCCUGCGGGCGCGGGGAGCGCUGCCAGGACUGCUGCGGGACGUGCGGGCCGCCGCGGCGUGCGCGGUCGAGGACGGCCGUGCCGAGGAGGUGUGGCUGGUGCACGCGGGGAUCCUGCACUGCCUCGCCCUGGACGCCGGCGGCGCGGACGGCUUCCUGGUACAGGCGCUGCCGGACGUGCUCGAGGUCGCGGAGCGGCGGCCGCCGGAGGGGCGUGCCCCUGGCGGCGCUGGCGGCGCAGCCUCGCAGAGUGCCGCGGCGCCCCGCGAGCUGGGCCCCCUGGGCGCCGCCGCCGCGCCGGCGGGGGCGACCUCGGGCGGGCUGCUGAAGCGGAGGCGGUGCUUGGUGCAAGCGGUCGAGAGCGCCCCGCCUGGCGCGGUGCCUGCGGCGACCUGCUUGGUGAACCAACUCAUUCGUCUGCGGACGAGAGCGAGACAGCUCGUCGCCGCUCGGGCACAUCGGUGGCGCGCUGCCGCAGGUCGACAGCCGGACAGCGGCUCUCUUCGCCUUGAGGCAGUGCUUGCAGAGCCAGGGCCAUGGCGCGAGGCUGCGCAGCGGCGGCCCGCCGGGCGUCGCGCGCAGCCCCGGCGCCGAGCGGCAGGCUGGCCGAGGCGUGCGGAGUGCGGUGCCGCUUGCGAUCCGACUGCUGGUGGCGGAGAUGCCCGCGUGGGAGACGGGGGCUAA